AUGCAUGGGUACCAAGCAUGGAAUCUUGAUGACCCUAUGCUUGAUGAGCUGAAUACAACCUGGAAACUUAGUCGCUUUACUGGAUAUUCGAGUAUUAUGUUUCGUGGUAUGCGAGUAUGUUAUUUCCAUGGAACAUCAUACUCGUUCCUUAACAAAUUAUAUGAAGAUGGUUCCUGGUUCCGGGUAGACCUCUCCACAUGGCAAAACUUCCUGACUCAUGUUGUUUUCAUUCUGGGGAACAUCUUCUGGGAAAAACAAAGCCUCGCCGUCUUAUAUGUGAAAGGAAAUUCGAUCUCGUAUAAAUACAAGAUUGAAGCUGACGGGAAAUGCAGUUUUGUGUCGCCUCUCACGAAGAAGGAAGGGAGGAGCAGGAGAAGAACUAUGGCUCUCUUGCGCCUGCUGAUAUUGGCGGCGACCACACUACUUUUUACGCCCAAAGUGGAUGCUGACCGCGACUUUCAUGGUGGAAGACUAGGUGGAGGAGUGCAUGAAGGUGGAGCAAGUGGAUUUCGAGAUGGUCACGGAGGUGGAGGAGGAGAAAGUAGAGGAUUCCGAAGAAGUGGAGAAUUCGGUGGAGGAAAAUUGGACGGAUACAGCGGUGGAGGCGGAGGUGGAGGAAGUGGAAGCAUAAACUUACUUCACGCAGGCGAACGGGGUGGAAGUGGAUUUGAGAGUGAAAGAAGGAGUGGAUUCAUAGGAGGUAACGGACUGGAGAGUGAAUUUGGUGGAAGUGGAGGAGUCGGCUUUGGUGGAGGCAGUAGUGACGGUGGAUACAGUGGAGACAUUGGUGGAAGAGGAGGAGAAAGUGGAUUCGAAUUUCACGAAUUUGGAAGAGGAAUUGGUGGAGGGAACAGAGAAGGGGGUAGAGGUGGAAGUGGAUUUGAAGGUCACGCAGGUGGAGGAGGCGGAAGUGGAGUUGGGGGAGAUGACGGGGAUAUAAGUGGAUUUGGUGGAGGAAGCAGGGACGGUGAUUACGAUCGAAAUUCCGGUGGAAGAAGUGGAUUUGAGGGCGAUGUUCGAGGUGGAAUAGAAAGAUUUCGAUUUGGAGAGGACGAUACAAGAAGAUUUAGUGGAAGCGAUGUAGGUGGAGGAAGAUUAGGUGGAAGCAGCGACGAUAGUGGAUACAACCACGGAAGAGAAGUGGAUGAAUUUGGAGGUCACUCGAGUGGAGACGAUGACAGUGGAUUUACAAGAGGUCACGUAAGUGGAGGAGAAUUUGGUGGAGGUGGAAGUAUUGUUGUUGGAUCCAUUGAAGGCAGGAGUAAUGUUGAAUAUACUGUGGGCGGCGUUAUCAACGUAGGAAGUGGUUCUGGAGGUGGAAGAGGCUUUAGUGGAAGCACCGGUGACAGUGGACAUACCGCUGGUGGAGGAGGUGGAGGGAGAAAGUUAGGGGGAGAAAGCAGCUUCGGUGAGAGCGGAGGAAGUGGAUUCGGAAGAGGUGUAGGAGGUGGAUUCGGUGGAGGUAAGAACGAUGGUGGAUACAGUGGAGGGAGUGAGGGAACAAGUGGAUUUGGAGGAAGUCACGCAAGUGGAGGAGAAGUGGGUGGAUUUGAGAGUCACACAGGUACGGGUAGAGAAAGUGGAUUUGGAGAGGGCCAUUCAGAUAGAGGAAUAACAAGUGGAUUUAGAGAUCAUGUAGAUGGCGGCGGCAGUGGAGUUGGAGUAAUAGGCUUUGACGAAAUUACAGGAGGUGGAAUAGGAUGGGUUUGA